CCGAUCAGAAUUCUAGUACAACAGAUACUUGCAGAGCACGUGAGCUUCUCUGAGAACGAGAAGAUGAGAAAUUGAGAAUGGCGGUGAUGCAUUUCCAGCGCAGACCCUCGGAAUCGGAGAACUAGUGUUAAGCCUCUUCUUCGCCAUUGCCAUUUCUCAUCUCAGACCUUAGAUUGACGCUAUUCCUCCUUCGAUUUUCAUCCAAAACCUAAUUCUGUAAUUGCAUUUGGUACGAUUCUGAAACGAUUAACGAUUUUUAUCAUCUGCAUUUUAUCGGAAGCUUUGUUUUUCUCGGAAAUGUAACCUGAUUGUUUGUGCGCAGAGCAGAGCACAGCAAAUUGAUGGAAGGUUUUCACAGCAACUCGAAAAUGGCGAAACUGCUCAAAGGAAACUUGGAGAAUGUGGACCUCAACUCGCCAUUGUUCAGGUACUUGUGCGCUCAAUCUCAGAGUCAGUCGCCGAUGGACGCCUUGAAGCAGCGUCGUCGCCACCUCUCGCCGCUCUCGCCGCUCUCGCCUUUGGAGAAUCUGAUGGAGAGGUCGCCGCCUUCGAUAGUUUAUAGAACGCCGGUGAGAGGGGUGCAGAGGGAGGAGGUUCUGGUCAUGGACGGUGUUUUAGUCACCGGAGGAGGAAGAAGCUCAAGGUCUGCUUCUGAUCUGUCGUCAUCUUCUUCUUCGGAUUCUUCGGGGAAGAUUCUGUACAAGACCGACCUUUGCAGGUCCUGGGAGGAUUCUGGAAGCUGCCGCUACACCUCCAAAGGCCAGAUUGCACCAGGAAAAGAAAAGCCACGCCCAACUCGUUUCCCUGUCAAGAACAAAUCUGAGACACUGAUGUGCAAGUCAUACACUGGCACAAGAUUAUGCACACCCAGCCCAAAGUCUAAUUUUGUCCAUCCGGUCAUGGCCAUUUCUGUUACAGAAGCAGCAUCAGCCACAACACAAGCAGCUUCGUCGACUGCACCCAAAGCCACCAUGAAGACUCCCACUACUACCAUCAGCUUCCUGGACUGGUCACCUCAAGAUGAUGGCAUUGAGGUUGUGUUGCCGUAUUCUUCAACUGGAACACCUCCAUCAAGGGAAGAUAUAAGUUCCUACAUCACUGGUGUUCUUUAUGGCCCCACUACAAGAAGGAGAUUACCAGUGUUUGCUGAAAUUUGCCCAGAGUAGUUUCGAUCUGAUUUGUGUAGAGAAGCCACUUCCGCUUGAGACCAAAGGUAUAAUAUGUACAUUCCUCCUGUUUUUUUCAGAUACAUACUUGGUUCUUUGAAACCUUAAUUUUUCAAACUUGCUGCUCACAAUCUAGUAUGUGAAUGGGGUUAGAUUGAACACAAAUUGUUGACCUUUGCUGGUGCUGCAUUACUGCAGUACUUGCCAACUAUAGUGUAUAGCUUUUUGAUGGUAUUAGACAUGAUGUCUUACUUAGAAAUUGAUAAAGACAAUGGACUUGAAUCUUUCUGUUGCGUGUUGAGAAUCAACACGUGUGUAUGAAUCAUGUGUGAUUGCGCG